GUCAGUUUGUUUACUAGAUGAUCUGAACAGCAAGGACGCGAAGCAACUCUACUUUUUUGAGCCAGAGAGACGGCCAGUAGUGAAUAUUUAUACUGAAAGGUAUUACUCAUAAGGCGACUACAGAAAGGCCCUGAAUAGUUGUUUAACGUCACGAAGAAUCAAAAAGGGGGUACUGCGGUACUAUUUUAAUUUCAGUUGGACUGUAACUGAAAGUCAAUUCAUACAAAAGUUUUACAAAGGGACAAAGAGAGAGGGGGAACGAGAGUCUGAGUGACAGUGAGAAAGAUGUCCUCUCCAGCGGCUGGUAAGAGAAGAAUGGACACUGAUGUUGUCAAAUUAGUGGAGAGCAAACACGAGGUCACAAUACUUGGAGGCUUAAACGAGUUUGUGGUGAAGUUCUACGGACCAUCAGGAACACCUUACGAAAAGGGAGUAUGGAAGGUAAGAGUAGACCUACCUGACAAAUAUCCCUUCAAGUCACCUUCAAUAGGUUUUAUCAACAAGAUAUUUCAUCCAAAUAUUGACGAAGCAUCUGGUACUGUUUGCUUGGAUGUCAUCAAUCAGGCCUGGACUGCUUUAUAUGAUUUAACUAAUAUAUUUGACUCUUUUCUGCCUCAAUUAUUAUCAUAUCCUAAUCCCGUGGAUCCUCUUAACGGCGAUGCUGCUGCUCUAUUUCUUCAUAAACCCGAAGACUAUAAGAAGAAGAUCUGUGAAUAUAUUAACAAAUACGCAACUGAGGAUGUGUUAAGAGAACAAGGGGGAGAUAGUUCAAGUGAUGAUGGGGAGACGAGUGAUUUGUCAGAAGACGAGGCACAAGACAUGGAAUUAUAGUAGCAUCAUUAUUAUUGAAAUACAGGCGCAGUUGAUUUUCAAAAUAUUAAAAUUAUCCUCAUAAUUAUUAUUAUAUACACAUGCAUACACGGACGUGUAUACAUUAUUAUAAUUAAAAGUAAAAAAGUUUUUUAAUCGUAAAUCUUUUAAUAAUGGCAUGAA